CCUUACAGUCGCCAUGAUAUAGCAGCGGAAACGGGUGAGAAGUAGCUAGAAAACAAAAGAGAACACGCAGUCGUCCUCGCGAUUUGGUAUGCUCUUGCAGUGUUAUAGGAAUGCCCAAGGAAAAAUAUGACCCGCCGGAUCCCAGGCGGAUGUACACAAUUAUGUCCAGCGAGGAGGCAGCCAACGGGAAGAAGUCAUACUGGGCUGAGCUGGAAAUCAGCGGCCGAGUAAGGAGUCUCAGCACAGCCCUGUGGUCUCUCACCCACCUCACUGCCCUGCACCUCAGUGACAACUCACUGUCACGCAUCCCGCCAGACAUUGCCAAACUACACAAUCUGGUGUACCUGGAUCUCUCAUCCAAUAAGAUCAGGAGCCUGCCGGCAGAGCUCGGCAACAUGGUGUCUCUCAGGGAACUGCUUUUAAAUAACAACCAGUUGCGGGUUCUGCCAUUUGAAUUGGGGAAACUGUUUCAGUUACAAACACUGGGGUUGAAAGGAAACCCACUUGCACAAGAAAUUAUGAGCCUCUACCAGGAACCUGAUGGCACGCGGAGACUGCUCAACUACUUGUUAGACAAUCUGGCAGGGGCUAUCAAGCGCAUACCGACAGAGCAGCCCCCAGCCCGGUCAUGGAUCUCACUCCAGGAACCAGACCGAACACGGGCCUCAGCACUGUUCUCCGUGAUGUGCUACAAUGUGCUGUGUGAUAAGUACGCCACAAGACAGCUAUACGGCUACUGCCCCUCAUGGGCUUUAAACUGGGAGUACAGGAAGAAAUCCAUCAUGCAGGAGAUAAUGGGCUGCAAUGCAGACAUCAUCAGUUUGCAGGAAGUUGAGACGGAGCAGUACUACAGUUUUUUCUUGCCUGAGCUGAAGGAGCAGGGAUACGACGGGUUCUUCAGUCCAAAGUCACGAGCCAGGACUAUGUCCGAGUCGGACCGCAAACACGUGGACGGUUGUGCAAUUUUCUUCAAGACAGAAAAGUUCAGCGCAGUUCAGAAGCACACAGUGGAGUUCAACCAGCUGGCCAUGGCUAACUCCGAGGGCUCAGAGGCUAUGCUGAACAGGGUAAUGACCAAGGACAACAUCGGGGUAGCUGUACUGCUCGAGGUCCGCAAAGAGAUGAUGGAGGCCUCCUCUGGAAAGUCACUCCAUGGUAUGGAGAAGCAGCUGCUCCUGGUAGCUAAUGCCCACAUGCACUGGGACCCAGAGUACUCUGACGUCAAGCUGGUCCAGACCAUGAUGUUCCUUUCGGAAGUGAAGAACAUAGUGGACAAGGCCACACGCAGCCUCAAGCUGGCCUCUGUCUCUGGUGAGACCAAUGCCAUUCCACUGGUGCUGUGCGCUGACCUCAACUCCUUGCCCGACUCUGGCGUAGUGGAGUAUCUCAGUACUGGUGGGGUGGACUGCACCCACAAGGACUUCAAGGAGCUUCGUUAUAGCGACAGCCUGACCAAAUUCAACUGCAACGGCAAGAACAGCACGUCCAAUGGCAGGAUCACGCAUGGCUUCAAGCUGAAGAGCGCCUACGAGAACGGCCUGAUGCCUUACACCAACUACACCUUCGACUUCAAGGGUGUCAUCGACUAUAUUUUCUACUCCAAGCCUCACCUGAACGUGCUGGGUAUCUUGGGGCCCCUGGACCCCCACUGGCUCGUAGAGAACAAUGUCACCGGCUGCCCACACCCCCACAUCCCCUCCGACCACUUCUCCCUCUUUGGCCAGCUGGAGCUGCUCCUGCCCAACGUGCCCCCCCAGGUCAACGGGCUCCAUCUGCCUGCACGCAGGUAGUGAGUCCCUGCCACACCACCAGGGGGAGCUGCAACCACAGCCUCUCCCUUUCAAACCCUCCUCCCUCCCACUACCAGCUCUUCCCUCCACCACGCCGGAGGAGGAAGACAAAUACACAACCUGUAAAAUAUUCGUACAGUGAGGUCUGGCCGACAGGGAUUUCGUAUAAUGUUAUAGAUAUUCUAUAUUUUUCUUUUUUCUUUCUCCGUUUUUCUUUUUUGUUCUUUUUUUAACUGCUCGAUUCAGUCCUGUCCGUGUAUCAUAUUUUGUGUUUUGGACUCCCUUUCCUCCUCAAAUCCACCUCCCCACUUUGCUUUCUGUCUUUCAAACUAGAGGGGAUGGUAGCUCAUUCAGAUUUGUCAUAUGGGGCACAGUUUGGUUUUAGAGCAAGGGGGGAAACUUAGAGAAGUGGCUGAGGGGAAGACAUUCACCUGAAAAGCUCCAUAGCUGAUGGUCUGCCUGUCUGUCUGUCCUGUAUAAAUCUGAAACCAGCAAAGACAGCAGACUUGUCAGUCUCAGACCUCCAUCAAUGGCUUGUGCUUGUUUUCCCCUGUACCCUGGGCAGCCGGCGUACUUUCUCAGUCUUUCCAGGAUGCAGGCAUUUGUCGAGUCAGAUGUUGUUGGGUUAGAGCAGCUUUUAGCUGGUAGUUAAGCGUCCCUCGAGGUGGAUGUAGCGCAGCUCGUACGAGGUGAGAUUUCCUGCUGUCAUUCUGUGGUGCUGAGGCCUUUUUGCGUGGUCACGGCCUCCCGUGGUGCUACAAGAUAGUCUACACCUCUGACCCCGGCCCUGGUGCAUUAGCUACCAAACCCACAGAUGCCUCGAGAAUCAGACGUCCGAGAACUACAGUUGCCCAGUUUCACGUGGGCUGUGUGUAGUGUUAAUAUGUGAAGGAAGGAUGUGGUGAGAAACUGAAGGCAGCUACCACUCUGUUUGCGGACUGUUUUCACCCCAGCUUGUAUAGUUGUUAGGCUAGUCUUGUGCUUAGGAGCUCAUGUGGCCCACGCACCCCCAUUUUUGGGCAAGGGGGAAGGGAUUUAGGCUGAUGGGCAAAGCGAUGAGGGGCUUUCACGAAUCUUUUCUUUGUCUCGAUUGCUUUUAGGCAGAGAGAGUGAGUAAUGGCUGAUACACAGGAGUAAAACCAGCAUUCCUCUCACUGUCUGGAGUUGCCAUCCAACUCCACACAUGCAAGCUUAGACACACAUACAUACACGCACACACACACACACACACACACACACACAACACAGGUAAUUUGCAGACAGAUCUGUAGCACUGUCUCCGAGGCCAGUAGUGACUUUCCCCAGCCAUAAAUUCCAUACACAAAAGCAGUGGUUUUUUUCACAAGUGUUUGUACAGAAUAGAAAUCUAGACUCAGUCUUUACAUGAUUGUAUAUGAACCACAAAAGACCUGUUUUCUGGCGUUUUUUGUACGAAGAGUAAAUUAUGAUCAGAUUUGAAAAAAAAAAAAGAUUGUAUUGUAAACUAUGGCUAAAUUUUUAUCCAGUUAAUGUUAAGAUGAAUUGAUAUUACCAGCUUGUACAAAAGACGUAAGAAGAGGUUGUUCGAGGCGUUCACUGUCACUACUUUGCACUCCUUAGAGAUUAACUGUAAUUAAUGUAUCAGUAUUUUUAUUUUUUUUCUCCCCCCCGCCCCCCCGCUGUUGAUUUGAACGCCUGAACAACCUUUUCUCCUUUUAUUUUUAAAUACUGUUGACAUUUGUGAUGAUUUUAUGUCCUUUAACAAAACCAAUAAAUGUUGAUUUCCUUUUUUAUGAGCUGUGACAAUGUUAUGACGAUGUGUAUAUCCUUCCUAUUCAUUGAGCUCUCUAGUAAUCAGGUAUGCUUUCUCCACUGACCCUUUCUCCUCUCCUUAUGGAACAUGAGUAGGAUGUCUUAUCUUUAUUAAAUCCACUCUCAGAUUGUUUUGCUCCCUGUUUUUACCUUAGCACAGCUCCAUGCCCAGACACCCAAAAUAACUAGCCCUUAGCUUCUCCCCUGGCCAUAAAUCUGAAAUGUCCUUAAGCCUGUCCAUCACCCUACACCCCACUCAACCUCAACCGCCCAAACCCCGGACUUUCCCGACCCACUAUAUUACUCAAGCUGUGUCUUUUAAACCCCUUUGCUCAACCACUUUGUAUAGUUCUCUUACCCUUGUCACUGCAGCUAUAGUGCCAUCUGUGGACCCCCUUCCUCUGUAUUGGAAAAAGGUGGAAGGCCCACUUUGCUCUGCUUUUGGAUGAACAAGGGAUGAGGGGCAGUGAGCUCAGCUAUUUCUCUCUGAGCGCCAGGCAAAAUGCGUGGCUACGGAUCAAAUUUGUUACAUCUCAACAAACAAGAUACACCAGAUGAUGAGCACUUAGUAGAUCCAGAUGCAGCUCCCCUCACCCCCUGGCCCAUCAUAUUAGCAAAUACAGACCUAAUUUACUUCAAUGUAUAUGUUGAUUUUUUUUUUUUUUUCAUUUUUUUAAAGCAAGAGGGAAGCAAGUAAAUAGGAAGUUUAGUCCUCAGAUCAAGAUUUCUUGUCCCAUUUGUCGUCCCCCCCCCCCCCACAUUAUUUUUUUUUUUCUGAAUGGCAUUAGUAUUGUAGUAGAUUUAAAGGCUAGCUUUUUUUGUAAAGUGUGAAUAAAAGAUGUAUCUCAUGUUUCCUUUCUAAAAGAUAUUGAAUUGUGUUGUUGAUGUGUAAAUCAUGAAUUCUAUGACGGUGUUAUGUUUGCUACAUUGUUUUUACUUUUACUCAGUUUUUGUUUUGUUUUUUCCCCUCCCCCCCACCUAUACUCUUAUUCCCAUCACAAACCAAAUCCUCUGUAGAAAUCAUGAUGAGACGUUGUCUUGGUGGGUUGAUUUAGAGGGGUCGAAUGUUCCUGACGAUGCCUCGUGGAAGGAAUUAUUGAGAGCUUAUCGAAGGAAAAGUACCUGCAUCAUUGGUGUCAGUUAAAACUUUCAGCACAGGGAUAUUCAAUUUGUUUUUUCUUUCUGUCUUAUUUUGCUUUUCAGCUUUAUUUUGGAUGUUGCAUGGCACUAGCUGGAGAGUGCUAGUGCCUGUAGUUUAGGGCAGCAGAGCUGUCUUACUUAGUGGCUGCAGUUCAGUACUAGAGAACACUGUUCUGACUGGUGUAAAACGUAUUUGUAAGACUAAGCUAAUGGAGCGCCGCUGGUCGCUAGACUGGUCCUGUGAUGAUUUUGAGUACUACUAGUCCAUUUCACUCUGUUCUUGUGCAUCACAGUGGUUAAACCUGUUACACUAGCUAGCUACUAUUGAUAGUCACUGAUUUGACUCAUGUCUUUUUGGUUGUUGACUGCCCUCCCGUUCCCCCGUCCCCGUCCCCCUCUCCUCCUCAUCACCCUCUCGUUAAACCACAGACUAAGGCUUCUGACUGAAAAUCUGGCAAAUCACAGAGCUGAGUUAUGUCACCCUGUAAGCUUCGGCGAGUGAUCACAUUGUUGGCUUUGUGCUUUUCCACUGUUGCAUUGUGUUUCAUAGUUGGCUUGUUUAGGCAUAGAGUAAUUUCCCAGGCUGCAUCUCUUUGUAAUGGUGCACACCAAAGCUGCUUGUAGUCCAGUUCUCUGUUGUAGAGUGAGUUCUUUCACCGACCAGUUGCAUUUUUAUCCGAAUCAUAGUCUUCAUGAAAUGUAGGGCUGUAAGGAAAGCAAGGUACUUUUGUCCUUUUUUCCUUGAAUCACAUCAACCCAUCGCAUCCAUGUUCAUAUUCUUGUCGGGGUUUGGUUUCUCAAUCCAUCAACUCAUUUUGAAAAUGCAUCCUUUUCCAAAAAAAAUAACAAGAAAAACUUGGCAAUAAUACCCAGAAACGUUCAGAAUGGGUUUUUAAAUAUUUCAUGUGGAAAAUGUAGCUCUUUCAUCUUUCAAACUGUGGUCGUUUAUUUUUUUUUUUUUUGCUUUCGAACUCUCCAUUUUCAACUUCCUAGACUGUUUUUGUUCCCUUUCUUUCCCUCUUUUUUAAUCACCCAUCUUGUAUAUUUGCUCAUCUCCUUCUUCCCUGCCGAUCUAGUAGUAGUUGUUAAAUGAUCAGGAUUGUCUAUCUGUAGUCAGCUGAGUACAUAUAUUGAUCUGUGUCACUGUGUUUAUGCACUGGACCAACUAUUGUUUACCAUUCAUGGAAUACCAGCAAAAAAAAAAAAAAAAAAAAAGAAUAAUGACAAAACACUUGCACAAUGUUGUAGAAUGUCCAUUAAUCCAGAUGAGAAAUCAAGGCAGCUGUUUUCAAAUCAACACAUACUGUUUUAAAAAGAAACUGAAUGGUAAACAAUGCUUUCUGUUGUACCCCUUAGCCGUCCUCUCGAUUCUCUUUGGACUAGUUUUGUUCUUUUAUUUUUUUCUGUUUUGACUACAGGUUCUGCUUGUUUCCUUUACACCUACCUAUGUAUUUUCCUACUUCUGGUUGAAAAUAAAUUCUAUAUUAUCUGUUUCAA